CGCGCGUCCCAAAGACUCCAGGUGUCGUUGUGGUCUCUCGGGCGGCCGCGUCUCUGCCCGCUUGGCAUCCCUGAGCGCAGCCGAGCUGCCAAAGCCGCAUACAUGGAUCCCGAACCUCAGCCGGAGCCACAGCCCGAGCCGGUCACGCUGCUGGUGAAGAGCCCCAACCAGCGCCACCGCGACUUGGAGCUGAGCGGCGACCGCGGGUGGACUGUGAGCCGUCUGAAGGCCCACUUGAGCCGGGUCUAUCCUGAGCGCCCGCGCCCAGAGGACCAGAGGUUAAUUUAUUCUGGGAAGCUGCUGUUAGAUCACCAGUGUCUCCGAGACUUGCUUCCAAAGCAGGAGAAGCGACAUGCUUUACACCUCGUGUGCAAUGUGAAGACUCCCUCAAAAAUGCCAGAAGCCAGCACAAAGGGUUCAGAAUCCACAGAGCAGCCGGACACCACCAGUCAGGCACCGUGCCCUGGGGAGUCCUCAAGCGAUGGCUUGAGGCAAAGGGAGGUUCUUCGGAACCUUCCUCCCUCUGGAUGGGAGACCAUCUCAAGGCCUGAAGCUGUCCAGCAGACAUUCCAAGGCCUUGGGCCUGGCUUCUCUGGCUACACCACCUAUGGGUGGCUGCAGCUCUCCUGGUUCCAGCAGAUCUAUGCAAGACAGUACUACAUGCAAUACUUAGCUGCUACUGCUGCAUCGGGAGCUUUUGUCCCAACACCAAGUGCACAAGAAAUACCCGUAGUUUCCACGCCCACUCCAGCCCCUAUACACAACCAGUUUCCAGCAGAAAACCAGCCAGCCAAUCAGAAUGCAGCUGCUCAAGUGGUUGUUAAUCCUGGAGCCAAUCAGAACUUGCGGAUGAAUGCACAAGGUGGCCCUCUUGUGGAAGAAGAUGAUGAGAUAAACCGAGACUGGUUGGACUGGACCUAUUCAGCAGCGACAUUUUCCGUUUUUCUUGGCAUCCUCUACUUCUACUCGUCCCUGAGCCGAUUCCUCAUGGUCAUGGGCGCCACCGUUGUCAUGUACCUGCACCAUGUUGGAUGGUUUCCGUUCAGACAGAGGCCAGUUCAGAACUUGCCGGCUGAUGGUCCUCCUCCAGAAGCUGCCAACCAGGACCCCAACAAUAACCUCCAGGGAGGCACGGAUCCUGAAACGGAAGACCCCAGCCGCCUCCCCCCAGACCGUGAAGUGCUAGACCCUGAACACAGCAGCCCCUCGUUUAUGAGCACAGCAUGGCUAGUCUUCAAGACUUUCUUUGCCUCGCUUCUUCCAGAAGGCCCACCAGCUCUAGCAAACUGAUGGCGUCAGUGCUCUCGCUGGAGGCUUUGACAGCUCGGACUGGAUCACCUGGCUCCAGCUCAUUUUCCUCGUUUGGUGUUGACUCGACAGAGUCAUUGAAAACCCACAGGAUGGGGAUGCUGUGCUUCUGCGCCAAGCAAAAGCACAAGCUAAGACAUGAAGCCAUGACACAAACUGAACAGGGCCCCUCAUGUUUUCAUUCUGAAGAGCUUUAAUGUAUACUGUAUGUAGUUUCAUAGGCACUGUAAGCAGAAGGCCCAGGGUCGCAUGUUCCGCCUGAGCACCUCCCCAGAUGUGUGUGCAUGUGUGCUGUACAUGGAAGUCAUAGACGUGUGUGCAUGUGUGCUCUACAUGGAAGUCAUAGACGUGUGUGCAUGUGUGCUCUACAUGGAAGACAUAGAUGCAGAAGUGGUUCUGCUGGUUCGAUUUGAUUCCUGUUGGAAUGUUCAAAUUACACUAAGUGUACUACUUUAUAUAAUCAGUGAAUUGCUAGACACGUUAGCAGGACUUUUCUAGGAGAGACUUAUGUAUAAUUGCUUUUUAAAAUGCAGUGCUUUACUUUAAACUGAGGGCAACUUGGCAGAGGUAAAACCUCUGCUGGGUUUUCUGUUCAAUAAAGUUUUGCUAUGAAUAACUGUGGCAGAGGCUCCCAUU